AUGUGUGUGAGAGGAAGCGGGAAACCUGCGGAGGAGCAGCAGCAGCAGCAGCGAGGGCAAACGACAACCAACGUCAGGUCCUUUCCUUCACUUGUGCUCGCUCGGCUUCCGUCACAGCAAGCGCAAGCUGGACCAUUUCCAACUCAAUUUUCCUUUCCUCUGGCAACCUCCGUCCUGCUACCGCACAUCCUCAUGGCUGGCUACAUCCAACAUUUGCGCUACAUAUCCUAG